AAAGGGAAUUGCAGAGGCUUAUAGAGCUAGAAUCAAAGGCAUAUAGGACUUCUUCUGAUUAAGUUUGCUCCUAACUUCCAAGAAAUAUUCAGGAAAGAAAGAGGAGCAGAAACAUCUUUUAGCUGAUCCUCAGACUGCAGCAAUGGACCUACGUAAACAACUGGAGAAUACUGAGAGAAACUGGAAUAAAGAGAAGAUGGAACUGCUGGAGAGAUUUGACAAUGAAAGAAAGGAAUGGGAAUGCCAAUGGAAGGUCAUGCAGAUGAAGAUAGAAGAGCUUUACCAGGAGGUAAAACUUAGGAGGGAGAACAAUAUGAAUGCCCAUGAUAACAAGGCCAUUCAUAGCAAGAUGCUGCAGCUGUCAGUAUAUUCUCCUGCUUCAGAACAGAAUGACACAGCAGAACUGAACCAUGAACACAAAGCAAAUGACAGGAUGGAAGGAGAGAGUUCACUCAGUAAAACAGGAGAAGAGUGGAAAGACACUAGAACCAAGAAGAAAAACAGUGCUUUAGUAAGGGACAAUCUGACCUUUGAGGACCCUGAGGAAUCUGAAGUCUGUCUGAGCCUGAAAACUCCUAAGGAUGCCAAGAUUUCUACCAGUGAUCUCAAUGUAGCUCUUAAAGAACUUGCUAAAGUCAGUGAAGAAUUAUGCAGCUAUCAAGAGGAAAUUCGAAAGAAGUCCAACCACAGAAGAAUUAAGUCACUUUCUUUUCUGGGAGAAUCUGAAGAAAUGCAAAACACAGUAAGUAUGCCUGAAAGGAACCAUGUGUUCAGCAAUGAACCUCAAAUGGCUUCACUACCUUUUGAAAUAGAGGAACAAAAUAACAGAAAGAAUCUGAUGAGCUCCAACAGGAGUGUGAGCUCCAGUAGUACUCUUACUGGCAGUGGAGGAAUAGACUUCAUGCCCUGUCAAAGGAAAGAAGCCCCACCUGUCCCUCCACGAAGCACUUCUCGGCAUCUGACCAACUCGCUCUCUGCGAUUGUACAAGUUUCCGAAGUACCAACGAAAGAUUCAGGCAAAAGAAGUAACGGGAGACUUCAGGAGUGCAGGAGUGAAAAAAACAUCAUUAAAACUUGUGCAAAACAGAAUAACACUCCAGGGGCAUGUGUAGAUGAAGGAAAGUCUGUGAAAGGCCCCACACUGGUGACUGCUUCAGUAGAUGUAGCCAAUAAAGAGAGAGUCUCUGAUUGCAAUCGACUGAUAAGCUUUUGUCACAAGACGUGGGGAUGUGAUGUGGGCAAGUUUGGAAAAAGUACUAAGAAUGGGUCUUCCCCAUUGUCAGCCCAGAAAAGCUGUUCAGAUAGCAAUAUGGUGCCAAGUGAGAAAACACACCAGAGAUACUAUCCUACACCUCAACAUGGUCUGCAGCACAGUAGUGACUUUUAUGCUCCUACAACACUGCACGAUGACCAUAUAGGAAACUCUGAAUAUAGUCUUGAUAAGACCCAAAGAAAUGAGACAUUGGCAGCAAAGAUUGAUGAGUUUAAUAGGACUGUAUUUCAUACAGAUAAACGCAACAUUUCUUUUCAGGAAAAUACAAAGCUUCAAGCACUAUCGUCAGAAAAUCAGAAACCUGGUAGCCCACAGUGUGAUUCUGUUGUUAACAGAACAGAAACUGUAAAUCCAGCUUGUGACUCAAAUCCCAGGCUCACCACAGCAAAGGAGAAGGAAUCCUUCAAUCCCAACAAAACAGUCAAAACAACAGGGCGAGAGAAGCAAAUAAAUGGACUUCCAAGCAGCAGUGGCUAUCGGCACAUGUUUCAUGAGCAUGACUGGAGGCCAAGUAAUUUAUCUGGUCGUCCUCGUUCAGCUGACUCAAGGUCAAACUAUGGUGUUGUUGAAAAGCUUUUGAAAAACUAUGAAAAAUCAACAGUGACUUCUCUGUGUGAGACAAAAGGCUGCAAAGAUAAGUGGACACAGUCAGAAUCUGAGUGUACAGAUCGGGGAUUAAACCAGUAUUUAGAAACACUCCAGACAGAGCAAGGAAAGCAAGAGCUUCAGAAGAAUUCAUCCAGGCAUAUUGGACAGCAGAUCAAACAAUAUCUGUGCCAGCUAAAUAUUCAUCUGGAAAAGGCUUCUCUCGGCCAGCUCGACCAGCAAACCGACGCUUACCUUCUAGAUGGGCGUCCAGAUCACCAUCAGCACCACCUGCUCUACAACUUUCCGGAUGCUUUAGAAGAAAACAUUGAAUCUAAUUGUGCAAGUCCCCAAAGUAUCUUUGCAAAUUCACCUUUAACAUGCCUCUGUGGUGCUAAAGCUGAAGAUAAGAUACCUCUUUUAGACCCCAAAUUGCAGUUUUACUUCUUCAUUGCAGCACAUUGUUGCAUAAGUAAAUACAAAAUGAUCAAUGCUCAUAUUUUCAAAAUUAACAUUGACAAUGAAACAGCACUGCACAGGGAAGAGUCUUUUAGUACCGCAAAGUACGGGCAUUCCUAUAAAGUGUCAUGUGAUGAGUAUUUUGCUCCACUAUGCUAA